GUGAACUAUACUGUCCUCUCAAGCUCUUCCGUGUUCAGUCAAGAACAACUUGUCACGCCAAGUUCUUACGCAACAGCCCUAAAGAAGCAGUUCAAACGUUUUUUGUUUUGUUGGUAAAUUGCCUUUACAUUUCUUACAGACUACAUUUGAAUCUGUCAUCGGGGAAUCAUCACAUCAAUGGGGUCGUUAAAGCAGAUAAAGACUGAGUUUCUUCACUGUGAGAGUGGGAAAAAAGGAUUUAGGACGUCGUGCGUGACAAAUCUCUCUGAAAGUCGGUGGGACCUGGACAUCAGAGAAGACAGAUAGCUCUGGACACCAGAUUCAUCAGUGCCAAAGAAGAAAUGUUGGAUGAAGAUAUUUCAUUAUAUAGAAGCUGUAGAAUUCCUCGGCCAAAUCAAAGAGCUUGUGUUGAAACAUCGCAACAGCAAGAUUCCUCUUGCAAAGCCGAAAAGUUACGAGUUGAGAAUCGGGGGUCUGGAGGACACUGUCCACGCUGGAGAUGGUGAACAGUUAGAAGUUUGGAAAGACUGCUACCUUCCAGAGAGAAUGGAGAUGGUGGUCAUUGGUGCCCUGGAUGACUUCCGAUGUUCGACAGCAGGAUGGCAGCUGGUUCUCCUGUUAUGUGAAGAUGGCAAUGUCUACGCCUACGAGUUUGAAGUUCUACACCUGGUUGCCAGAAGCUUGGAGGAUCUCUUUAAAUCUGGAGCGGAGUUCCCAGGACUGGAGAAAUUCAGAUUUGGAGAAUGCUUUGAGGAAUUGACUGAGGAAGAGAUGGAGAAAGAGAUGCAAUGUGAUGAAAUAAAGAAAAUCGAUGACGAGCAUAUACAGUUCCGAAGAAGAUUGGAGAUUGAGAUGCUGGAGGAUCUCAAAGCAAUCAAGCAAUCUGAGACGAUCGUGACAGAACUACCCACCACCAAAGGACCAAGCAGCGUGGAAGAGAGGACUGGACAUGGGAGGACAUUCUGGGCGGCAAGUGAUCCUACACAUGGGUGGAGAUCCUGCCGGGUAGGGAUCACCUCCCAUGGGAACAGUUGGAAGCAGCCAGGAGAAGGAACCAGCGGUAUGAGGGAACAAGGCUGGCAAGGAAGCCCGAGAGGCAGCCCCAAAAACAAGGAGAUUGGCGGAGUCAGGUAGGAGACCUGAGCCAACUCCCCCGUGCUUACCGUGGCGAGCUUGUGACUGGUCAGGCCCCGCGCUAUGGGGUGAUGCGCACUGUGUCCUUAUUGCGCACUCAUAGCCCGGUGCGCUACAUCCCAGCUCCUUGCAUCGGCCGGGCUAGAGUGGGCAUCGAGCCAGGACGGAGUGUGCCAGCCCUGCUCUCCAGCCCUACGCACAGUGUCCCCGGUUCGCCAGCACAGCCCAGUGCGGCCUGCUCCAGCUCCCCGCACUUGCCGGGCUACAGGGGGUAUCCAGCCAGGACGAGUUGUGCUAGCUCUGCGUUCGAGACCGCCAGUGCGCCUCCACGGCCCAGUGUAUCCGGUGCCUCGGCUAAGGAAGAGGCCUCCUGCAUGUCUCCCCAGCCUGGUGAGUCGGAUGCCUUCUCCCAGAGCCAGGCCUCCUGUGUGUCUCUCCACUCCAGUAAUGAUCCAUGGCAGGAAGCCUCCAGUGGUGAUCCAUGGCACGAAGCCUCCAGUGAUGAUCCAUGGCAAGAAGCCUCCAGUGAUGAUCCAUGGCACGAAGCCUCCAGUGAUGAUCCAUGGCACAAAGCCUCCAGUGAGGAUCCAUGGUAAGAAGCCUCCAGUGAUGAUCCAUGGCACGAAGCCUCCAGUGAUGAUCCAUGGCAAGAAGCCUCCAGUGAUGAUCCAUGGCACGAAGCCUCCAGUGAUGAUCCAUGGCAUGAAGCCUCCAGUGAUGAUCCAUGGCACGAAGCCUCCAGUGAUGAUCCAUGGCACGAAGCCUCCAGUGAUGAUCCAUGGCACGAAGCCUCCAGUGAUGAUCCAUGGCAAGAAGCCUCCAGUGGUGAUCCAGGGCACGAAGCCUCCAGUAUUGCAAAUGUUGCUCAAAGUAAAGUAAAAAUAAAGCAUUAACAAAAGCACAUGAUGUCUAUACAUCAGUAAUGACACAGUGCACAUCAGGGACAAAUAUACCCUUAACCGUUUGUAAGAGUGAGAAGGCUGUUUAGUCAGUAAUAGGUAUAAUAUUAUGUAUCAGUUGGGGCAUCAGUGGAGCACCAGUACCUUUCCCAGAGAAGUACAGAAAAUUACCAAGACAAGUCAGACAGAAACUCAGGGGAAGUUGUGGAUCACACAUUUUCAGCGUAUUCGAUUAUGACUGUAUUCAUGUUUUCAUACAGUAUUUUUUUUACAGUAUCUUUCAUACAGUAUUUGGUUUCAUUUGAACUGCCUGUUCUUGAUUCUGUAAAUGAGUCCAAACAUACAGUACAACACGGAAUAACAACUUCCUCAUACUUACAGAUGAGAAAUGUUACUGGUAUGGCCCAACAAAAAAAGUGUCCAUGUCAUGAAGUUUUUUUUGUCUGAAGCCAUUUGGGCUCCCGAGUGGCGCAGCGUUCUAAGGCACUGCAUCUCAGUGAAUGAGGUAUCACUACAGUCAGUUCCUGGUUCAAAUCCAGGCUGUAUCACAUCUGGCCAUGAUUGGGAGUCCCAAAGGGUGGCACACAAUUGGACCAGCAUUGUCUGGGGUAGGCUGUCAUUGUAAAUAAGAAUUUGUUCUUAACUGACUUGCCUAGAAAAAUAAAGGUAAAAAAACACCUAAUAGUUAUUGAACAAUAAAGAGACAUUAUUAACAUCAGGUAGAGUUGAUAUGGUUAUAAGAGGAUAUAUUAUAUUAACACAAACAAGUGAGAAGAUUGAAACAGUUGGGCUUAUCACAUUGAUGUUGUAAAUGUUAUACCGUUGCAUCCAAUAUGCCAUCAGUUAAUGUAAUAUAGUUAAUCUUGACAGAAUAAUUGUUUGUGUUAUAUCUUGAUUUUCUGACAUGCCUCAACCAUAGGUUGGUUACAAACCGUUUAUGUUUUAGUCUGCUGUGGUCAGCACUCUGCAGCACAACGAUAACGAUUGGCAACACCCAUGUUCUCUCCAGUCUGUUGCAGAAACGAAACCUCAGAGCAGCCUCAUGUCCUGUUGCUAAACCCUGUAAUAACGUCCUCAUGUCCUGUUGCUAAACCCUGUAAUAACGUCCUCAUGUCCUGUUGCUAAACCCUGUAAUAACGGCCUCAUGUCCUGUUGUUAAACCCUGUAAUAACGGCCUCAUGUCCUGUUGCUAAACCCUGUAAUAACGUCCUCAUGUCCUGUUGCUAAACCCUGUAAUAACGGCCUCAUGUCCUGUUGCUAAACCCUGUAAUAACGUCCUCAUGUCCUGUUGCUAAACCCUGUAAUAACGUCCUCAUGUCCUGUUGCUAAACCCUGUAAUAACGUCCUCAUGUCCUGUUGCUAAACCCUGUAAUCGCAGCCUUGUCAGCAAAAAAAAUUGUCAGCACAAUAAACAACCUGACAAAAUAAAAGCACAAAAAAACAAGGUCAAAAUAAAACAUAAUAAAAAGUAUGUUUGAAUGACACUGAGGGGCAGUGUUGUUACAGUUAAUGCAGGUGUUCCUGAGGCUAAUGCCAUGCAGGUGUUUGUACACAUGCAAUAUACACACACUCUCAUUCAAAUGCACACAUACAUGGACACACACACAUGUAAAUAUUGCCAUACAUGCAGUCAAACAUAUAAGGUUGGCCUUGCUGUUAUGAUGUUUGUUGUCCUUGUUGUUUUCUGUUUUCCUUUAUCUUUGUCUUUUUUCUCUUUUUGGUUGUUGGUUGGUUAUUGUUGGUUGUUGGUGCAUUGGGGGAAGGUCUUGUGGGUGGGGAAUGGAAUUAUUAUAAUAUUUUUUUCAUUCUAGGUGGGGGGGGGGGUCUUGGAUGGUUGAGGGGCAGUUCUUGGAGAAUUGUGGGAGGGUUCUUGGAAGGCUGAUGGGAGAUCUGUCGAUGUGUCCUUGAGCAGGGCAUUGACCCUGGUUGCUUCUGUGUGUCGCUCUGGAUGGGAGGCUGUUAGAUAACCAACGUGAUGUAAUUGUUGACCGGCUUCACUGCAAGUAUAUUGUAUGUUUUAAAUAUUCAAUAAAAAAAGGAAAAUAUAUAUAAAAAAUAAACAACCUGA